AUGGAAUAUAAUCUUAAAAAAUCUGACCAGUUAGAGUAUCCCGAAAUUAUAACUGAAUUAAAUCAAACUAUUAUAUCGAAAUCAAAUAUAUAUGACGAGUAUCAAAAAUUGGUGAAAAACACUAACGAAAAUAUUAAUAAUUCUACCGAAUCAUUAUACACGGAUGUUGCAAUGGUAUAUCCUAUAAGCUCUUGGACAUUUUGGUAUAGAAAUCCUUUAAAAUUUAAUUUAAAAGAUCCAUGGGAAGAAUCAUUGACCAAAAUUGGAACAGUUUGUGAUGUUACUCAUCUAUGGAAAGUCCUCAAUCACAUCAUUCAACCAUCAGUAAAAUCUUUAAAUAUGUGUUUAUUUGUGUUCAAUGAAAAGAGCAUACCCGCAUGGGAACAUAAAAGUAACGAAAAUGCAGGGCGUUGGAUAAUCAUAUUGAGAGAUAACCACAAUUUGCAUAAUACAUGGAAUAAUAUGGUACUACAAAUAGUUGGAGACAAAUUUGAACCAGUUAUAACUGAUAUCAAUGGUAUAGGAUUGUACAUUAAACCGGUGAAUUCUAAGAUAACAGUAUGGACUAAAAAAAUUACUUUAAGCAAUUACAAAAACAUAAUAAAUAUUGGAAUUAUGAGCAGACAAACCAUUGGGCCGAAAACAAAAAGCAUAUAUUAUUUAAUGCACAACCGAUCAGUUACUUAA